AUGCCAAAAUAUGCCAAAUUCCUCAAGGAGCUUCUAACCAAUAGAAGGAAGAUGGAGGAAGUAAAAAAGGUAGUUCUUAUUGAAAACUGCUCAUCUGCCUUGUUAAGAAAACUACCAAAGAAGAAGGGUGACCCGGGAAGCUUGACUUUGCCAUGCCAAUUUGGUAACUUGGCCACCAUUCAUGCUUUAGCUGAUUCGGGAGCAAGUGUGAACCUCAUGUCUUAUUCAUUUUUCAAGAAAUUGGAUCUCCCGGAACCAAGGCCAAUUCGAAUGGCAAUUCACUUAGCAAAUAAAACAGUCACAUUUCCAAGAGGAAUAUGUGAAGAUUUAUUGGUAAUGGUGGACACGUUCGUGUUUCCUGCAGACUUUAUAAUUCUAGACAUGGAAGCGGAUCCUCAAGUCACGAUCAUCAUUGGAAGACCUUUCCUUGACACGGAAAGUGCUAUAGUUGACAUGAGAGACUCGAAACUUACUCUACGGGUGGGGGAUGAUUCCGUCACUUUCGAGGUUGAUUGA